UUAAUUUCCAGCUCCUGCGUCCCAUUCUCCAAACGCCCAGCACCUCAUACUCUUCGUUGCUUUCCUAACUUUGGUUCACUCUCGGGAGAAGCUAAUUAACCAUCACCUCAUACUCCGCCGAUGCCUCCUUCGCCUCUUGCCGUCCGCGAAGAACCAUGAACUACACCGGGAGCGCCCUCUCCCUCCUCGUCCCCAAAGCCACCAAGGACAUGUCCCGCCUGCACCAAGGCUACGACCGUGGCUAGCUCCGGCUAGCUACUAGUACUUGCAGUAUACCUUUUCUGUUUAGAUCCUUCCCCGUUGUCAGUUGAUAGUUUCUCACACCGAUCAGCCAUGAAGGAGGUGGGUCAGAAGAAGAACAUCCUGGCCAAGACGCUCCAGAAGUGCCGGUCGUUGGGCCACCGGAGGCAGCCGGCAGCCUACGGCGGUGGCGGCAGCGCCAGUGCCCCGGCGUCGCCACGCGCGGCCGAUGGCAGGGCGGCGGCGUGGGCCGUGCCGGCGGGGUACUUCGCCGUGCUCGUGGGGCCGGAGAAGGAGCGGUUCGCGGUGCGCGCCAGGUGCGCGAACCACCCCCUGUUCCGGGCGCUGCUGGACGAGGCCGAGACGGAGUACGGCUUCGCCGGCUGCGCCGGCCCGCUCGAGCUGCCCUGCGCCGUCGAUGAUUUCAUGGAGGUGAUGUGGGAGAUGGAGCAGGGGGGCGGCGUCGCGUCGUCGCCCAGCUGCGCUCGCUUCGCCGGCAGGGGCCACCACCAACAACAACAGCGCCACGGGUACCACAUGUUGAGUCCGGGCACGUUCCGGUUCCUCGUCGCCGGCCGAUCGUGAUCACCAUGCACGUGCUUGCUCUUCGCCAACGACGGUCUAAGUCCAUCGUUGUAAUCUUCCUUUUCUUCCUCUUUUUCUUUACGUGUAGGUUGUUGAUGUCGAAUGCAUGUAGAAGUUAAUUCUUCAUCGCCUGUUUGAUGGACUGCUAGCUUAGGGUGUUGAUGUGAUAAUUUCAUAAGUUGCCAACGUUUCUUGGUCCAUCAGUUAGUGUGCAUUUCGCGUGUUCUUCAUGUGAAUAUAUGUAUAUGGUGCUCAUUGUAAAUGUAAACUAUGGACAGAAGAUGCUUCCUUUUGUUUU